UGGCAACCCGGCAUGGACAGGCACAGCACACAGAAAACUUUAAAUAUUUUUUAUUUAUUUAUGUAUUUAUGAAAGCAACCGCUAGACUAAUUAAUGCACUGCGUUCAUUAUAAACUGCCCUUCGUUUGUGCUUUUUAUAGCUCCAGAUUAUUAUGAAGUGACUCAGUCUAGCCUACGUUUAUUUCCUCAGAGAUCAGUUUGUUGUAAUGCUGAGCAAACCCUGGUCUCGACGAGGCUGAGCUGAGCUGAACAUUCAACCACCACUGCUACUUUCGGAAACUCCCACCAGUCACUUGUCUGCUGUUUCCUGCAACGAUGUUAGAGCUGUGAAGAGAGGAUUAAAAAGCCUUCUUUAGUUGUGUUUUAAUUCUGCAGUUUCUGUAUUGUCCACAGAUCAUGAAAUAAGGAGACAUGAAGGACAGAUUGUGUGACCUUAAUGAUGUCAAAUCUAAAGUCUCGCAGGAGGAGCAGCUCUCCAAAGAAAAUGGAGAGAACAUAGACAAUGGCGAGCUCGAGCAUCUGGCGGUGGUGUUUGAGGGUGAGGCCGAGAUGGACGAUGUGUUCCGGGAGGCUCAGUCAAUGCACAAAAAAAUAGCCCACCUCCGAAUGGAGGUGAAGAGGCUGGGCAAACAGAACACUCGGUUUCUAACGUCUGUCCGGCGCAUCAGCAGCAUCAAACGUGACUCUAAUGCCAUUGCACGCAACAUCAAAACAGAAGGGGAGAAACUCUAUGCAAGGCUUCAGCAGAUGGACACACUGUGUAAAGAGCUGGAGGAAAAACAUGGAGCUCACUCUGCUUUAGUGCGCAUGGCACGCUCCCAGUACAUCUCUUUAACCGGGGCCUUCCAUGAGGCCAUGUCCGAGUAUAACGAUGCUGAGAUGGCGCAGAGAGAAAACUGCAAGAUGCGCAUUACAAGGCAGGCAGAGAUCAUGGGCAAAGAGGUGACUGGGGACCAGAUUGAAGACAUGAUUGAGACUGGGAAGUGGAAUGUGUUCUCUGAUGACCUUGUCACCGAUGGUCGAGCGUUCCGUUCAGCUCUCAAUGAGAUUGAGAACCGCCACAAGGAGCUCCUGGAACUAGAGAGCCGUAUACGGGAAGUUCGUGAACUCUUUUUCCAGCUGGCUCUGCUGGUAGAAGAGCAAGGGGCUAUGGUGAAUAACAUUGAGGCCAAUGUGUUUGCUACACAGGAAUUUGUAGGCAAAGCUACUAUUGAGAUAAAGAAAGCUGUGAAAUAUAAGAAGAAACACCCAUGCAGACAGCUCUUUUGCUGCUGCUUUCCGUGUUGCAAUAAAUGAUGAAUAAUAUUGUUCAGCACCUUUUCAUGCCUUGCCCUUUCACAAUCAUGCCUUUCACAACAACAGGCCUGUUCACAGACGGCACAGUGGCUUUAAAGAACAGUUAACUGUGCAGUUGAGCAUUCAUGUGCAAAGCAGCAAGUUACUGUUCUUGCAGAAGGGUUGUGUGGUUUACAGGCCUGAACAUUUAACCUUUUUUACCUCUUUCUUUGUGCAUUUUAAUGACUUCCUCAUGCUUGGCAUAUAAAAAGCUGUAUGCCGGUGGCCUAAGCUCGAUAGGUGUGACCAAACCCAGUGUUUCUUUUUUUUAACCACAAGAGCAACAACACGUAUUAUCUUGAUAAUGUGUUUUAUCACUGUUUUUACUGUGUGAAUAUUGAUGAACAUUAAUGUUGUGCUGGCUUAAAACCAUUCUUAUGUACUGCAGUAAUGUAUACAUACUUGUUUCAGUGUGAUUAAAAGUAUUUAAAUGGUUUUGUGGCUGGAAAAAAGAGCUUUUAUUUCUGUCAAGUAGACACAAAAAAACAGCUUAUAAAUAAUGUAUGUUAUUAAUAUUUUAUUGUUUGUAAUUAAUUUAAUAAAGUGUUUAACUGUUAUAAAGUA